UGCGCUCGCACAAUCCCCGAUGGCUAUUCAAAUUCAAAUGGAAAACACUGUUCAACUUUUCAAAACGGAAACGUUUCUCUAUUGCCAAAAUUCUCUUUCAGGUCAAACCUAACUCACCCACCUUUUGUCAACACCUAUAAAUAAACUCUCAGUCCCCCUCAUAAAGUUUAAAACUUGAAAGCAACCCAAAAGAGGAACACAUGGCUGGUUCGAGAAAAGAAAAUGAUCUGUCGGAGGAGAAUAAUAAAGAAAACGUGGACGACACAGUCUCACGCUCUGUUUCCGUUAAGAAAGGAGAGGAUAAGGAGAAUGUCUUGCCGCCGGAAACAAGCUCUGCCUCUGCGGAAACUAAGAAGCAAGAUCGAGCUUUGAAGUCUCGAUCGAUGAAGGGAGGUUCUGGGUUUCCCAGUGAGGUCACAAACUUCAAAUCUUUCUCGACGGGUGGUGGUCGAACAGCUCUGAAGCAGACGUCGCUGCAAGUGUGUAUGCAGCUGAACAGUGAGGUCGACAAGGGUAUGAAAACUUGGACUAGUGUUGACUCUGAGCAUUCCAGCUCGUUGAAAGUCUGGGAAUUCUCGGAUUCCGAAGCUGCCCCUGCUUCCUCUUGGUCUUCUUUGCCCAAUAGGGCUUUGCUGUGCAAGACGCUACCUUUGGAUGUGGGUAGAUGCACUUGUCUCAUUGUUAAAGAACAAUCACCAGAAGGCUUACGCGAUGGUUCUGUAUAUUCACUUUAUACACAUGAAGGUCGUGGAAGAAAAGACCGGAAGCUAGCUGUGGCUUACCACAGGCGGCGUAACGGGAAGUCUGUGUUUAGGGUUGCACAGAACGUUAAGGGAUUGUUGUGCAGUUCGGAUGAAAGUUAUGUUGGUUCUAUGACGGCUAAUCUCAUGGGUUCUAAGUACUACAUUUGGGAUAAGGGAGUUCGAGUUGGAUCCGUAGGUAAAGUGGUGAAGCCGCUUCUCUCAGUUGUAAUCUUCACACCUACUAUAACAACUUGGACGGGGAGCUACAGAAGAAUGAGAGCUUUACUACCAAAGCAGCAGCCAGUGCAGAAGAACAACAAUAAGCAGGUCCCACCAGUUAGUAAACUACCACUAGAUUGGCUUGAGAAUAAGGAUCAAGUUCAGAAGCUAUGCUCAAGGAUACCACAUUACAACAAAAUGUCCAAGCAGCAUGAGUUGGACUUCAGAGACAGAGGAAGAACAAGUCUAAAAAUACAAAGCUCUGUGAAGAACUUUCAGCUCACACUCACGGAGAAUCCCAGGCAGACGAUUCUUCAAAUGGGAAGAGUAGACAAAGCAAAGUUUGUAAUUGACUUCAGGUAUCCAUUCUCAGGCUACCAAGCAUUCUGCAUUUGCUUAGCUUCCAUUGAUUCCAAGCUUUGUUGUACCGUUUGAUCAUUAGAACUUGGAGAAAAGAGUUCAAUCUCUGAACAUCCCUCCUCCAACGAUCAUAUUAUGAUAAUGUAUCCCUUACUAUUAUUCUGCAUUAUCAAUUCCUCU